AUGGAUGGUAAUCACAUGAAUGUGAAUCCAUACGCACCUCCAUUUAGUAGUAUGGGUCCAUCAGGAGCAGCGCUUUUCUUUGGAAGAAAAUGGUGGUAUUACAAUCAGAGGAGAUUCGAGUUUGAUCCUAGGGAGUUAUCGCAAAUUCUAGGAGUACCAAAUAGACCUAGUCAUCUCCCUGAAGCCGAAGCAAUUCUUCCAGGACAUACGCUUAAUAGACCAACAUUAGGAAUGUUGAAGUCUUCCCUGAAAUUCCCUCACAAAGAGUUAGAAGAUGGGGCUGGAGUUUACGGUGGCAUCGAAAAUUUGGGAUUAAAAUAUGUUUUACAGUUACUCAAUCAGUACGAAGAAAAGUCAGCUUUACGUAAUUCAGUGCCAGAAAAAGUUCAACAACACCCGACAAAUGCCUCGUCUUCACUUGAACAUGAAAUGGAUUUAUCCGACAAAGAGACAGUAAAAGUUAAAAAGAUUAAUUGGUUAUAUAAUUCAAAGGACCUCUACAAUCACAUAAAAAUUGACCAAGAUGCACCAGAGCUUAAUGAAUUAGUACCACCUAUAGAGGAUAAAGAUAUCCGACAAUGUGCUGGGCCAGCUUCAGACAGUCAAAAAGUGAAAAAGAAGUUAAUUAUCGACCAUGACGGCGGAGCAGAUGAUGCCAUGGCGAUAUUUCUCGCUGUGUUAUAUGAGAAAUAUUUUGAUGGGCCAGAAGUCGUCGCACUCACAACAACCUUUGGCAAUGUUAAGGAAGAUCAAGUUUUCAACAAUAGCCAAAGAAUCCUCAGUGUAGCUGAUAGAAGAGAUGUUCCAAUUUAUAGAGGAAGUAAAGUUUCUUUAAUACAGACCAUUCCUACCGAUGCCUUUUUUGGUUAUGAUGGUCUUGGAGACAAUGAAAUUAUUGAACUUUUUUCUCCAAUUGAAGCCCAGAAGGACUGUGCUGCUAUCGCCCUUAUUGAACUAUCAAAGAAAUAUCAAGGUGACCUAAUAAUAGUAGCAAUAGGUCCCCUCACAAAUAUAGCACUAGCUAUGAAAUUGGAUCCUGAGUUCCUAUCUAGACUUUCACAUAUUUACAUCGGAGCCGGACACGUUUAUGGUGACAAUUAUAAGACUGCUGAGUUCAACGCAGCCAUGGAUGUCGAAGCUUAUUACAUUGUAACACAGAAUGGAGUUCAAGAAAAGAUGACUGUAGUACCGUUUUCACAAAUUAUGGAUUAUUUACCAUUAACUCAGGAUUGGAGAGUAAAACAACUGGGAUCGAUUACGACUAAAAUAAUGAAACAUCAAAAUAAUUUCGAACGGACGUCUAUAAAUAGUAGUUUGAUAUGGUGUCUUCUAGAUCCAGCAGUUAUGGCAAUAGCAUUAGAGGAGACCUCAAUAGUAGAAGAGAUACGUUAUUCUAAUCACACUAUCAUGACUUGUAAUGCAGACAGAGGCCGAAACACUAACAUAUACUCAACAAAAGAAAAUGCAAAUGUAGCUUUAGUAUACAAAGUGAGGAAGGAGGCCUAUGAAGAUUUCCUUUAUUCUGUUUUUUCUUCUGAACUAAAAGCUACCUAUUCUUCCCCGAAGCUAGUCAUCGAUAAUGACGCUGGUGCUGAUGAUGCAAUGGCAAUAUUUAUGGCUCUGCUGUUUGAAAAACAUCUUAAUGGUCCAAAACUGGUCGCAUUAACAACUGGAAAUGGGAACACCAACGAGGACAAUGUCUAUAGAAAUAAUCAACGGGUUCUCAAAGUCGCUAAAAGACAAGAUGUCCCAAUUUAUAGAGGUGCCAAAGCCUCCCUUGUAAUAACUCCACCAAUUACUGACUAUUUCGGAGUCGAUGGUCUGGGAGAUGUAGGUGAUAAUGACACGGAUCUUAUUCCUGCACAGGAACAAAAUGCCAUCUUAACUUUAAUUGAGUUAUCAAAGCUAUAUGAAGGACAGUUAAUGGUCGUCACAAUUGGAAAGUUAACUAAUGUAGCAAUGGCCAUCCAAUUGGACCCAAACUUUAUAUCAAGAUUGCAACACUUGUAUAUUGGGGCAGGUCAUAUUCAAAGUAAACAGGAAUCAGAACCGGAGUUCAAUGCUCAUAUGGACGUAGAAGCCUACCAUAUAGUAGCGCAGCAUGCAACGCCAGACAAAGUUACAUUUUUACCUUUUUCACAAGUCAAGCAAUAUUUAAAUUUUACAAGGGAAUGGAGAGAAAACGUACUCGGAAGUAUUGAUAAUGAAAUUAUAAAAAAACUUAAUCUCUAUGAAAGGAUAUCAUUACAAAAUUCUGAGUUUUGGCAAGCAUUAGACCCUGCAGUAGUUGCAAUUGCAACCCAACCUCAAUUGGUUAAAGAGUAUAAAUAUGCAAAAAAUUCUAUUUCGCUAUGUGGUUUCUCACCAGAAAGGUGCCUUAAGAAGGUCAUAUCCCCCAUAGGAGUUUAUGUAGUGAGGUCCAGUCUAGAUUUCUAUAAGGAUCCUGUUCUUGAACGAUAG